AUCCCAUCCCUAUAUAUAUUGCCAGCAUUCCUUAUCAUCUCUCGGUCUCGUUUCGAGAACGGUUUUAUUCCACUGCUGGAAACCCAGCGCGAUAAGCAUCCCCCUCAACCCAUAGCACAACCACUAAAAUCCGUCCUCUUAUCAUCUCCCCCAGGUGUCGGCAUGGUGCUCCGCAAGCUCGGCAACAGCAUCUCGCCGACGGUCGAACUGGUCAAGGAGGGCGACGAGUACACCUUCAACACCACCUCGACCUUCAAGAACACCACCAUCAAGUUCAAGCUCGGCGAGGAGUUCGAGGAGGAAACCGUCGACGGACGCAAGGUCAAGUCGGUGUGCACCCUGGAGGGCGACAACAAGCUGAUCCACGAGCAGAAGGGCGAGAAACCGACCACCAUCAUCCGUGAGUUCACCGAUACCGACCUGAUUGCCACCAUGACCGCUGGAAAUGCCAAGUGCGUCCGAACCUACAAGGCCGUAUAAGGAGGAUGCCCAAAAAAGAAACGCCUAUCAAUCGCCCAUCCGCCCGUUUGCUUGAAGAAGCGUCCCAUUCCUUCGCCAUUUCUCCCGACUACUCGACUACUACACAUCACAACCUAGUCAUCAUUCCCCAGGAAAGUGGGCAACCGAAACUGUCCAUAAACGCGCAUGCUGGCACACGCACCCAAAUCCAAAAAAAUCGCAGCUCAACCGCAGAGACAGCUUAGCGUUGCCUUUUCCUUGACUAUACAUACCAAUAUAUCAGACCAACGGAUAUAUCUGACGGGUGCGGAAGAAUGUCACGUCAACGUCGACGCGCAACACACAAAUCAAGCGGACGCACGUUUUCUUUCCAUUAUUCCAUUUAGUACGAGAAGUGAACAAGUAUCGAACUUUGUUUUUUUUUUUUGGCUGUUUUGUUUAAAACUUUUUCUAUACUAUGAAGAACCAUUGUUGAAACGAAGCGAAAUAUCUAUUUUCGGAUAUUAUUUUUAGCUUUUAGUAGUGCAUGGAGCAUUUUGUAUGAACGAUAAAUAAUAAAAAAGGAAAGUACAUAUUUUGCAGUGUAUAAACAAAA